AGAGCGCUUCUGAUCCACAGAUAGUGGCUCCACUGACUCAGAUUUGACUCAGGACGCAAGCUCUAUCUGACAGACUAUUGUUCAACCACCGGAGUAUGACAGGAAGUAAUUACACACAUUCAGUGCGUUUGGCUUAUUGUGCACUGGAGAAAUUACCCAGGUUCUGGUGGAAGUGGGGUCACUUUAUUUACUGGACCGUUCAAUGAUGACUUCGUCUGCACAGCUCUAUCUGAUGGGAUGUCUGAUUCUGACUGUGGGGCUGGCUUUGGAUAUGGGGCCAAACCAAAAUGUGGAGUUUACAUUUAUGCUACCCACAAGCGGCACAGAGUGUUUUUACCAACCUACCACGACAGGUGACACCAUGGAGAUAGAGUACCAGGUUAUUGCAGGAUCCGGUCUGGAUGUUGGGUUUGCCUUGAUCUCACCCAGUGGUCAGCGGGUGGUCUCUGAGUUCAGGACAUCUGACGGCAUCCAUAUGGUGGAUCGUACAGAAUUUGGAGAUUACCGGUUAUGCUUUGACAACAGCUUCAGUAAGAUGUCUGAGAAGAUGGUGUUUUUCAAAGUCAUAAUUAACAGUCAAGGCAACACAUCUGGAGGCCAAGAGGAGUGGAUCGACUUCACUGUGACUGAAAGCGUGGCGGACUACAGAAUAGAAGAAAUCAGGAGAACAAUGGACUCGGUGUACCGGCACCUGGAGAAGACCCGUCAGGUCCAGGCUGUGCUGCGGGCCUUUGAGGCCAGGGACCGCUACUUGUUAGAGGACAACCUGUGGCGAGUGUCCUUCUGGUCCUGUCUGAACCUGAUGGUGAUACUUGGUGUGGCCGUCACUCAGACUUACACCCUGAGACGUCUCUUUGAUAAUACCAAGCGGGUCUGCACUUGACAGAACCAGCACAUUACUUUUAUCCCUCAUGGGAUAAUACGACAAAGAGAACUUUUUUACUUCUUGUUUUGUAAAUUUUGUAUUGAUAUUCCAUUGCAUCAUGUUGAUCUACAGAUCCUCGAUUUAGAGAUGCGGGUAAUUUGAGAAAUUAAAAUUGAAAGUGAAACCCAUAUUUUAGGGAGGUUUGUGAUGCAUUUUGAGAAGAUAAAAUCUGUUAAUUUGAUUACUGUGGCUCAUAGGUUAUGACCAAUGACACAGGCUUAAUAAAAUACAGAAAUAUCAAGUCUGACCACUUCACAGAGCUCAGACUCAAUGCUUAGUUGAGGUUCUUUUUUGUGAGUCACUGCCAUGUUGCUUGGAAGUGAUCACCCUGUUUGCUCCAAGGAUUUUGUGGGGGGUUUGUCAGGCCAGCUUGCAUUUGACCUAAAAUGAUGCCAGAUUUUUUAUUAACGUUUAGUUUUUCAAGGUUUGAUUUUACAGCGUUUUAUUUUUUAAUUCCAAAUCUCUUAGCUAUCUUCAUUUUAGCUGGCCCGUUUUACCUUGGGUUAGGGUUAGGGUUAGGCUUCAUAAUCGUGAAAGGAGACCUGAUACUUUAAACAGGUGCCAAGUCCUGCAAGAAAAAAAAAUAAGUAUCUCCCUGGAGGUAGAAGCUGGGGAAAGAAUGAACUGUUGUGAAAAGAACUGAAAAAUUGCUGUGUGGAUUUUGGUUAUGAGAAAACUCAGUGGACCAAUAGCAGCAGAUGACAUGACUUCCUAAAUCAUCAACUUUGGAAACGUCACAGUGGACUCAGACAGCUUUGAUUCUCUCCAAUUUUUCUCCACUCAGGGACCUUAAUUUCCAGAUUAAAUGUGGAAUUAAAUGUGCAUCGUAACAGUCCAGUUGUUUUUCACCUUAUGCCUCUGAUAUCAUCACUGGUUCAGAAGUGGCUAAAAACUGAAAAAGCUGAAACCUGUGUCCUAAAUAAAUCAGGGUGUUGAUACUUGAAAGUUUAGACCUGAUGACUCUCCAGGUCUCCUACAAAUUCAUGAUUGCUUCUUUUAACCACACUUCUUCCUUCCACUCAUUUUUCAUUAAUAGGAUUGGAUACAGAAACAACCACUUGUGGUGUCGUCAACCUCUCAAAUGUGUGUGUAGGUUACAAUUUUACAUAUACUUUAAGACAUAAUAAGGACACUAAAGACAAAGUAAAGCUUAUAACUUCAUGAAUUUGAAGUGCUAGACAAUAUAAUUUAAUUAUAAAAGCCCCAAUGUAUUGAUAUUUGUGAAUAUUGUCAAGUGAAUCUAGAAAGCCAUAAUUUGCUCCAAUGUUAUUUUAUUAAAUACCAUUAACAGUUUCAUUGAUAUCUUAAACUUUCAGAGAAAUCAUUUACAAAUAUUACCCUCAUUGGAUUAUCAUAGCUUGGCAAAAACAAACAAAAAAAAUCUGUUUAACAAACAUCAAAAUCAAACACUGGGAUUCAAUAAAGGAAGUUAAAUGUUCACAAAGAUGGCUGCCUUAUCAAUAUACGUCACCAUAUUUUGUUUUAUGUCUUUGUACUAAUUAACCAGGGUCCUUACAUUUUGAUAAUUAUUUUCAAGUGUAACAGCCAGUUUCUUGGACAAGAUUGCUUUGGCUUUAGAAAAAACAAAAGGUAUAUAUAUAUAUAUA